AUGAGCGUAACCUCGCACCAGGCUCUAUCCAUUGCCAUUAUCAUUUAUUUUUCCCCUGCAUUCUUUGUUGCGGUCUGGGUCUGUCGCUGCCAUGGGUUUGGCAAACAGCUAGGUUGGCUUUACAUGACACUGCUUUGCCUUGCGCGUGUUGUGGGAUCAGCCUUACAAAUUGCCAGUGAGAUCAAUCACGACUCCAGCCUUCAUACUGCGGCCAAUGUGAUUGCUUCUGUUGGAAUCAUGGCUUUGCUGCUUGGAAUGCUGGAAAUUAUCGAUCAGUUCGAAUCGACACUCCAAUUCAAGCCUGUUCAUAAGAGAGCAUGGACAUUCCUCCAUAUCGCCCAAUAUGCUGCCUUCAUACUCUACGCCGUGGGAAUGGGUAUGGGAAGAACGGACCUCAACAGAGCGGCUUCUAUUAUCGUGGUGGUUGUCUUUGCCGUCCAGGUAGCGAUAUGUGUUGUCUUGUUCCGCCAUAAGCGUGAGCUACCAGGCGACAACAGAUUACUACUCGUUGCAAUUACGAGCAUACCGUUCCUGGCAGUGCGUGCCGCCUAUGGGCUUUCAACAAUGUUUGUAGCCAGUGACAGUGCCUUUAUCACAGGGUUGACAAAUGUCCUCGUCAGUGCAUUCUUACAGUACUUGAUGGAGUUCAUUGUCUCAACACUCUUUCUCUAUGCGGGUGUUGCUUUCUUGCCCCCCAAACAGGUUGAAAGUAAUGAGUCUGGAAUAAUUUUGAUCGAUGAUAAUGAAAUCGGUGGGAACUAUACCGAACUGCCACCUAGUCGUUGA